UCGCGUGUGUUUCAUUCAUUCGCAAUUUGGUCAUCGUUCUUUUCGAUCGAAGUUUUCAGACGAAAAUGUGCUAGCGGAAUUUUUUGUCGCAGUGGAAAGUGCUUUUAUCCUCCAUAAAAUAAAAGUUGCUAGUGUUGGACAUUUGGAAAUUGAAGACCAGGUCGAAAAUCGAUUCCUUCGCGUAGUGUUGAAAUGAAUAGCGUUACGGUGGAAGAUUUGCGCCGGCUUCCGGAGACUAUCAGUUUUCCUAGCGAGGAAGAAAAGGUUUUCGCCUAUUGGAAGCAGGAAAAAGUGUUCGAAGCAUGUCUAAAGCAAUCCAAAGGAAAACCUAGGUACACUUUCUACGAUGGUCCUCCGUUUGCAACCGGUUUGCCCCAUUACGGUCACAUCCUGGCCGGGACGGUUAAGGAUAUCGUUACCCGCUACGCCCACCAGCAGGGAUACCACGUGGAGCGUCGCUUCGGUUGGGAUUGCCACGGGCUGCCGGUCGAGUACGAAAUCGAUAAAACACUCAACAUCCGCGGUCCGGAGGAUGUGGCCAAGAUGGGCAUCAAGGCGUACAACAACGAGUGCCGUAAGAUUGUGAUGCGCUACGCGGACGAGUGGGAGCAAAUCAUCGGUCGGAUGGGUCGUUGGAUUGACUUUAAGAACGACUACAAGACGCUGUACCCGUGGUACAUGGAAUCGAUCUGGUGGGUGUUCAAGCAGUUGUACGUGAAGGGACUGGUUUACCAAGGCGUCAAGGUGAUGCCGUACUCGACGGCGUGCACGACGGCGCUAUCGAACUUUGAGUCAGGACAGAAUUACAAGGAGGUAACCGAUCCGGCCGUGUUCGUGUCGUUCCCGAUUUUGGGCGAUAAGGAUAAUGCCGCCCUCAUUGGUUGGACGACCACCCCGUGGACUCUGCCGUCGAACUUAGCAUGUUGCGUUCACCCCGAGCUCGUCUAUGCCCGCGUAAAGGAACUGAAAACCGGCAAGGUAUACAUCAUGAUGGAAUGUCGCAUUGAUUCGUUGUUUAAGGGUCCUGAAAAUUACGAAAUUAUGGAUCGGUUCCCCGGUAACAAGAUUGCCGGUCUAAAGUACGAACCAUUGUUCGAUUAUUUCAACAAGUAUGACAACGUGGCUUUCCGUGUGCUGUUGGACAAUUACGUCACAGAAGAAUCUGGUACCGGUGUGGUUCACCAGGCUCCGUACUUCGGCGAGGACGAUUAUCGCGUUUGCUUAGCUAAUGGAGUGAUCACGCGCGAUCAAGAAAUUGUCUGCCCCGUCGAUCCCAGUGGGAAGUUCAUGGAUCCAGUAUCGGAUUUCAAGGGUCAGUACGUGAAAGACGCGGACAAGAACAUCAUCAAGUUGCUCAAAGAAAGGGGACGAUUGGUGCUGAGCAGCCAAGUAAAGCACAACUAUCCAUUCUGUUGGCGAUCAGACACUCCACUGAUCUACAAGGCCGUCCCAUCGUGGUUUGUUCGGGUCGAACAUAUGACUAAGCAAUUGCUCAGUUGUAGUUCCCAAACCUAUUGGGUUCCUGAUUAUGUGAAGGAGAAACGGUUUGGAAAUUGGCUGCGGGAUGCACGUGAUUGGGCUAUCAGUCGUAAUCGAUAUUGGGGUACUCCAAUUCCGCUUUGGAUUUCUCCCGAUGGCCAGGAGAUUGUGUGCAUCGGAAGCAUCGAAGAGUUGGAGAAGUACUCCGGCGUCCGGGUGAACGAUCUACAUCGCGAAAGUAUAGAUCACAUCGAAAUUCCGUCGGCCGUAUCAGGAAACCCGCCACUGCGACGUGUUCCGGAGGUGUUCGACUGUUGGUUUGAGUCCGGUUCUAUGCCGUUCGCCCAGAACCACUACCCCUUCGAGAAUGCGUCUGAUUUCCUGAGUAACAGUUUCCCGGCCGACUUUAUUGCUGAGGGUAUUGACCAGACACGCGGUUGGUUUUACACAUUGUUGGUUAUUUCGACGGCUUUGUUCAACAAACCGCCGUUUAAGAAUCUGAACUGUACUGGCCUGGUCCUGGCCGCAGACGGACAAAAGAUGAGCAAGCGUAAGAAGAAUUACCCCGAUCCGAUGGAGGUGGUCAACAAGUAUGGUGCUGAUGCGUUGCGGUUGUAUUUGAUCAACUCGCCGGUUGUGCGAGCCGAAAAUUUAAGGUUCAAAGAAGAUGGCGUGAAGGACAUCCUCAAAGACGUAUUUCUACCGUGGUACAACGCGUUCCGUUUUCUUCUGCAAAAUGCGGAUCGCUUGGAAAAGGAAGAGAAGAUUGUCUACCGUUACGACGUCGUGCGUCACGCGGAGAAUCGGUCCGAAACCGUAAUGGACGUGUGGAUCACAUCCUUCAAAGAAUCGUUGCUCGAUUUUGUUGCUAAGGAAAUGAAGGCCUACCAUCUGUACACGGUAGUUCCGCGGUUGACCAAAUUCAUCGAUCAGUUGACCAACUGGUACGUGCGCAUGAACCGCAAGCGUAUCAAGGGCGAGUAUGGCGUUGAAGACUGUCAACAUGCGCUGGAUACUUUGUACGACGUUCUGUUGGCGAUGGUUAAAAUGAUGGCGCCGUUUACCCCAUAUUUGACCGAAUAUAUGUUCCAGCGGCUGCGAUUGCUGAACAAGGAGAAAAUCGAAGGAAGCGUGCACUUCCAAAUGAUGCCCGAAUCGAACAAGAAGUACAUCAACGUUCCAAUCGAGCGUGCAGUUUCGAGGAUGCAGGCCGUCGUCGAACUGGGUCGCGUAAUGCGUGAUCGCAGAACCGUCCCGAUUAAAUAUCCGUUGACUGAGGUCAUCGUUAUCCAUCAGAGCAAAGAAUACCUUGAUGACAUAAAAUCGUUGGAAAACUUUAUUCAAGACGAGCUGAACGUGCGAAAGAUUACUUUGAGUUCGGACAAGCAGAAAUAUGGAGUGAAGCUGCGAGCGGAACCCGAUCAUAAAGUCCUUGGAAUUCGACUGAAGAACGAUUUCAAACAGGUCCUUCAAGCGGUGAAGGCUCUGACCGAUGAACAGAUCAAUGAGCAGGUGAAACAGGGACAUUUUACUGUACUUGGCCAUCAAAUUGAACUGAACGAACUUCGACUGAUUUACCAGUUUGAUGAAAAUCAAUCGAAUGGACAAAACUACGAAGCCCAUAGCGAUAACGACGUAUUAGUACUGCUUGAUAUGACUCCCAAUGAGGAACUGAUGAAGGAAGGCGUUGCCCGUGAAAUAAUUAAUCGCAUCCAAAAGUUGAAAAAGAAGGCUAAACUAAUUCCAACAGAUCCGGUGCUGAUUUACUACACUGUCAAUAAGGACGGGGAAAUCAAGAGCGUCGCAGUAAGUCAUCAGGAGUUCAUUGUAAACACUGUCAAGUCGCCGUUCCUACCAUACGGUCCGGAAGCUGCCUCAAAACAAAUUUUGAUCGAAGAAUCCCAGGAACUAAAGGGUGUCCAGAUGAACAUAGUUAUUUGCUCCCCAGUGGAUCGACCAAUGCCAGCCAGUCCUUGGGUGAACUUGCUCCUGGACGAAAAAAUUACCCCACGUUAUCAGACCAAACCGUCGCGAGAAGCAACCGUACUGUUGACCAACUUCAAAGGCGACCUGCUGACCCUAGACCAGCUAAACACGGAAAUCCAUUCUCUAUUCGGUUUGAACGACCAAGUCUACAAACUGCUUACAGCCGACGGCACGCAACUCGAUCAAGUGGAUCUCAAGCUCAAUCAACAGACUGUAUUUAUUACACGUAAAGCCGGAUUGCCCAACGGAUGGAAGCCGGCAAAAGCGCCCUCCUGCGCCUUCCGAAACGUGGAGUACAAGGGCCGCAAAACGACCCUGCUCGAGGAGAAUCCCGUCGGAGUGAAAUUGGACGUGGAACAGGUUAUGAAAAGGGUUCUUAACGAUGCCAAGCAACUGAAGGUAAACUAAAAUGCCUCUUCUGACUGGUACUUCUGUGCUAUUUUAGUAGAUUGUGCUCAGUAAUAGUGCAGUUAUUAGUUUGUCAUGAAUAACUAUUAGGGGCCAAUUGAGUUGGUCCGUUAACGUUUAUUACAUUUGCUAAUAUAAUAAUUCUAUGUGAUGCAUUGCACAUACUUUA